CCUCCCUCCUGGCUGCCAUAUUUGUUGUCAUGAGAGCUGCCUACCUCUUCCUGUUGUGUCUGCCUGCCGGGCUGCUGGCACAGGGUCAGUAUGACAUCGACCCUGACCACGUCCAGUACACGCACUAUGGAGACCAGAUUGACAAUCCCGAUUACUACGAUUACCAAGAGUCCACCCACCGCCCCCCAGAGGAACAGCUUCAGUACCAGUCCCAACAGCAGGUCCAGCAGGAGGUGAUCCCGGCCCCCACUCAUGAAAACCCAGAGACAGAGCCCACAGAGCCUGGACCACUAGAUUGUAGGGAGGAGCAGUAUCCCUGUACCCGCCUGUACUCGGUCCACAGGCCCUGUAAACAAUGCCUCAAUGAGGUCUGCUUUUAUAGCCUCCGCCGAAUGUACAUCAUCAACAAAGAAAUCUGCGUCCGAACUGUCUGUGCCCACGAGGAGCUGCUGCGAGCUGACCUGUGCCGAGACAAGUUCUCCAAGUGUGGCGUGAUGGCGACCAGCGGCCUGUGCCAGUCUGUGGCUGCCUCCUGCGCCAGGAGCUGUGGGGGCUGCUAG